UGCGCACACACGCACAUUCACCGCCAGCCAGCCGCACGAUCCGAGUGCCCCGUGCCGUGUGCCGCGAUUUCCGCAAGAAGUGAAGUUGUGAAUCUUGAUUUCAACCGCCGAGGAAAAACUAUUUCGUAUAAAGAUGGCAGCCAAAGCACCAGCAGUCGGAAUUGAUCUCGGAACGACCUACAGCUGUGUCGGAGUUUUCCAGCACGGCAAGGUCGAAAUCAUUGCCAACGACCAGGGUAACCGAACGACGCCGUCCUAUGUGGCCUUCACCGACACCGAGCGCCUGAUUGGCGAUGCUGCCAAGAACCAGGUUGCGAUGAACCCGACCAACACCAUCUUUGAUGCCAAGCGGCUCAUCGGUCGCAAGUUUGACGAUCCCGCCAUCCAGGCCGAUAUGAAGCACUGGCCGUUCGAUGUCGAGUCGAUCGAGGGAAAGCCAAAGAUCAAGGUCGAGUAUAAGGGCGAAACAAAAUCCUUUUUCCCGGAGGAAGUCAGCUCGAUGGUGCUGACCAAGAUGAAGGAAACCGCCGAAGCCUACCUGGGCAAGACGGUGACCAACGCGGUCAUUACCGUGCCAGCGUACUUCAACGAUUCGCAACGACAGGCUACGAAGGAUGCCGGAACGAUUUCCGGACUGAACGUUCUUCGUAUCAUCAACGAGCCGACUGCGGCCGCCAUCGCCUAUGGUCUGGACAAAAAGACCGCUGGUGAACGCAACGUCCUAAUCUUCGAUCUGGGAGGCGGAACCUUCGAUGUGUCGAUUCUCUCGAUCGAUGACGGUAUCUUCGAGGUCAAGUCCACUGCCGGCGACACCCAUCUGGGAGGCGAAGAUUUCGACAAUCGGCUCGUGAAUCACUUCGCUCAGGAAUUCAAACGCAAGCACAAGAAAGAUCUGUCCACCAACAAGCGCGCUCUGCGUCGUCUGCGCACGGCGUGCGAGCGUGCGAAGCGUACGCUGUCGUCGUCGACCCAGGCCAGCAUCGAGAUCGAUUCGCUGUUCGAGGGAACCGACUUCUACACCUCGAUCACUCGUGCUCGUUUCGAGGAGCUAAACGCCGAUCUCUUCCGCUCCACCAUGGAGCCGGUCGAGAAGGCGCUGCGUGACGCGAAGAUGGACAAGGCGAGCAUUCACGACAUUGUGCUGGUCGGUGGAUCGACCCGUAUUCCGAAGGUGCAGAAGCUGCUGCAGGACUUCUUCAAUGGCAAAGAGCUGAACAAGUCGAUCAAUCCGGAUGAGGCUGUCGCAUACGGAGCUGCCGUUCAGGCCGCUAUCUUGCACGGCGAUAAGUCGGAGGAGGUGCAGGAUUUGCUGUUGCUCGACGUUACACCCCUGUCUUUGGGCAUUGAAACCGCGGGUGGUGUGAUGUCGGUUCUGAUCAAGCGCAACACCACCAUUCCGACGAAGCAGACGCAAACCUUCACCACCUACUCCGAUAACCAGCCGGGAGUGCUUAUUCAAGUGUUCGAGGGUGAGCGGGCGAUGACGAAGGACAACAAUCUGCUGGGUAAAUUCGAGUUGAGCGGCAUUCCGCCGGCCCCACGCGGUGUGCCCCAGAUUGAGGUUACAUUCGAUAUCGAUGCGAACGGCAUUCUGAAUGUUACCGCCCUCGAGAAGUCGACCAACAAGGAGAACAAGAUCACGAUCACCAACGAUAAGGGUCGACUGAGCAAGGAGGACAUUGAACGCAUGGUAAACGAAGCGGAGAAGUACCGCACUGAGGAUGAGAAGCAGAAGGAGACCAUUUCUGCCAAGAAUGCCCUCGAAUCGUACUGCUUCAACAUGAAAGCCACUAUGGAGGACGACAAGCUGAAGGACAAGAUCAGCGACAGCGACAAGACACUGAUUUUGGACAAAUGCAAUGAUACGAUCAAGUGGCUCGAUGCUAAUCAGUUGGCCGAUAAGGAGGAGUACGAACAUCGUCAGAAGGAGCUUGAAUCGGUGUGCAACCCAAUUAUCAGUAAACUUUACCAGGGUGCUGGCGGCGCUCCGGGAGGCAUGCCUGGAUUCCCGGGUGGUGCUCCGGGAGCUGCUGGUGGAGCUGGUGGUGCUGCUGGCGGUGCCGGUUCCGGCUCUGGACCUACCAUUGAGGAAGUCGAUUAAACAGUGCAACAUUCCGAUCCAUCACAUGACGCCGGACAACAAAUACUAGUUUGAAUCAUCUUAAAAUUCUUUUCUGCUACAACAACAACCAAUUCAGCUUCGCUGCUAGUAUCUACAAAAAUCGACGAAAUGAUAUGAGAAUGCCUUUGAUUCUCUGAACCCAGCUAUUUUCGCGCGUGUUCGCUUGAGACCGUUUCUAAUUUAUUGUUGAAUGUUCAUUAUUUCAAUAUUCAAAGUUCUCCACUUCCACAACGAAAAAAUACUACGAAGCGAUACAAUCUCUCGGUUAACACAAAUUUUAAACGAGAAAAUAAAAGCAAACGGCCAUCAACAAAACAACAGCCCACUGGGCCAAUUAGAAAACAAAA